GCGAAGCGAAGGGACCUCCGCGCCGUGCCGUCCGCGCCGUGUCGCGUCCAGACGACCGUUCUCGCCGCGUCCGCCACAACAACCGCGUGGCACGUGCAAGUGACCGAGUGACAGUGUGCCUGCCGAGUGACAACAAACUUGUCAUCCUCGUGCGUGCGUGCGUGUGUGUGUCUCAACCAGUGUGUGAGUGUGCCCGUGGAAGUGACGAGCGUUUCUCUCUCCGCCCGGCGUUCUCUCUCCGACACGAGGCUCUCGUGGAUACCGGCCAGGAUAACGCCGCCGAGCUGCUCAAAGUGGAUUACUCUACAUCGCUUCCUCGAGGGAUGGUGUGACUGGCCAUGCGGCUGCGGCGGGGCGUGGGACGCGGCUGGCUGGUGCUGGCGUGUUGCUUCGCCUUCGGCCUGCCUGGCCCCGCGCUGUCCGAGCCCUCCCCCGCCCCCUCACCGUCGCCCGAAGCAGACGCCGAGCCGGCCCCCGCCAGACAUGCCGCCGUCGCACGAGCACAAGCGGACAGUCGGUGUUUCCUGGAGAGCGGGUCGUCGGCGGAGAGCUUCUUCGUCAGCGAGGACCUGCCGGUGGGAUCUGUCAUCGGCGUGCUGUCCGUGCUGGGCGACCCCAGCGAGCCCCAGGGGGACAUCUCGCUGCGCCUCCAGGAGACGGACAGCCCCGUGCGCGUGUCCCCCGGCAGCAAGAACCUCACCCUGAUGCGCAGGCUGGACAAGGAGGGCGUGGAGGGACCCUCGUCCGUGUACAUCAGCAUCAUCUGUGAUAGGAAACGCACCGCCGACCCGGGCAUUUCAAUCCCGGUCAACAUUAGAGUUACCGAUGCCAACGACAACGCUCCGCAGUUCGUCAACGCUCCCUACGUGCUCAACAUCUCCGAGGUGACCGUGGUGGGCACGCGCGUGCUGCAGGGCGUGCGCGCCGUGGACGUGGACCAGCCCGGCCCGUACUCCACCGUGCAGUACUCCGUGCUGCCCGGGCCCAACGCGGACUACUUCAUGUUCGUCAACGCCCUGGAAGGCACGCUCGCGCUGAGGAAGCCGCUGGACUACGAGACCCUGUCCAACUUCACGGUCAACCUCCGAGCUCAGGACCAAGGGACGCCGCCGCAGUUCUCGGACACGACGCUGUACGUGCAGGUGGUGGACGCGGACGACCAGAACCCUCGCUUCUACGACGAGCGGUACUCCGCCAUCCUGCCGGACCGCGCCGCCCAGGGAACGCGACUGCGCGUCCAGCCCAGGGAGAUCGCCGCGUACGACCAGGACGUGGGCAUCAACUCGGCCGUCGUGUACUCCUUCAACUCGGCCGGCGGCUCGGACUACCGGUACUUCGACAUUGACCCCACCUCGGGCCACCUGACGGUCAAAAGGAGCAUCCCGGACGACGACAUGCUGCAGCCGGCCACACUCGUGGUCCGGGCGAGCCAGCACGAUAACCCUGACCGGUACGCGCUGGCCACCCUGACCGUGUCUCGGCCCGGGACUUCCCUGCGGGACCUCCAGUUCCUCCAGAGCGCCUACUACGCCGGCGUCCUGGAGAACGUGCCGCUCCACAGCGUGCUCAUCACGGCCGUCACCAACAAGCCGCGCGACAAGCGUCUGCGGUUCUGGCUGGAGCAGCGCGAGGUGUCCGGGCGGUUCGGCGUGACGGGGCACGGCGACAUCAUCCUGCUGCAGGCGCUGGACUACGAGACGGAGGACCUGUACCUGUUCCACGUGCACGCCACCGACGGCCGCAUGCAGAACACGACGGCGCUGGUCAACAUCUCGGUGCUGAACGUCAACGACUGGGACCCGCGGUUCCGGUUCCCGCAGUACGAGUUCUUCGUGCCCGAGUUGGCGGCCGGCCCCACCGUGCCCAACACCAACCCCCUGGGGCUGGUGGUGGGCCGCGUCGAGGUGGCCGACGGCGACCGCGGCGACACCAUCAGCCUGGAGCUGCGCGGCCCGGGCGCCAAGAUGUUCGAGAUCACCCCGAACGGCGAGAUCGUGCUGCUGGACCCCAGCCUGGCCAACACGAGCACGGUGCACUUGGUGGCCGUGGCGACGGACACGGGCAUCCCGCCGAGGCAGGCCAGCGCGCCCGUCAUCGUGCACCUCCCCGAGGCCCUGGUGCGCUCCAGCGUGUUCGCCACGGGCAGCACGGGGGUCCUGGUCAUGGCGGUGUUCGGCGCCGUCCUCGGCGUGCUCGGCAUCGUCAUCGUCGCCCUGGUCUUCUACAUUUACAAAAACAAGCGGCCCAAGUCGACGGGGACCCCGCCCGGGUCGGGCCGCGCCUCCUCCAACAAGAUGGGCGGGCUGAUGACGCCCAACAUCCAGCACGAGAAGCUGCCGCCCGCGUCGGACGACGGCACGGACCACGACAACAACAGCGACACGCACGCGCCCUCCUGCACCAACAACCUGCACACCGAGACGUCCACCUUCAGCGACGGCAAGACGCCGCGCUACACCGCCACCGUCAAGAGGUCUUUUGCAGGCAUCAUGGCGCGGAACGCGGCGGGCCGGGCGAGCCAGCGGCGGCCCCCCGGCCACCACCACCACCAUCAUCACGGCCACCAGUGCAGCAACCCGCUGUCGCAGGCCAAGCGCAAGGUGGCGCCCGCGCCGCCCCAGGUGCCGGGCAGCGUGUCCAAGGCCUCCAACGUGGACGCCGUCUCGAGCGGCGUCAGCUGGCCGCUGGGCUCCAUCCCGCGGAGGGUCAAGAAACUCAGCUGGGACGACGAUGACGACAACAAGCCCGAGCUGGACCCGGAAGUGAGUGUGACGCCACUGGGCGGACAGAACCAGGACGGCAACACCGACCACAUGAACCUCACCGUGUACUUCUGAUGUCCGAAAGAGGGCUGGGUGGAAGUCCACCCAGAAGCCCGUCACCCGGAUGGAAUGACUCCAAGUGAUUCCGCCUGCAGUGGUGUUGCGAAGCCUGUGGCCUCCACUCGCACAUCACGUUUUCGUCAAGUGAACUCUCAGACUGAAACUGACAAAAAACGGUAAGGCAGGAAGUGAAUCAUCUGCUUUAAUCCGAUUACUUACAACGAAGAUAACAUGUGUAAGUGACCCCCUCCCCUCCCCGCACCUGCGGCUUUCGCCCGAUUUGAGCUUUGUGAUGGAAUGAACUUUGUGACUGAAAAUGACUGAUACACGCAGUUGUCGGUCGGCUCUGGAAGUAACAGGGCUGCGAAUUGAGCUUGGCCGAGGGCACCUCACAACAAAGAAUCUCUUGUAGGUGAGGCAUAAUUUUUGACCGUUGGUUCAAGAAGAAGGUUCAGGGAAUCAAGUCGUUUAAAAUACAGCACAUGCAACCUAUGUCAAAUCUGUUGAGUGCUUUAAGUUGCCAUACAUGUCAAGGUCAAUUGUAUACUAUAUUCUGUACAAGAAUGCAAUACUAAAGGUGUUAUUCAUAAGCUUAACUACUUAAGAGAUUAUUUUUAUAUUUAUUAUAGUUUGUGUAAAUUUUUCUUUUGUCUUCCUGUGUAUGUGUAGCUCUGGAUUUUAAAUUGUGCACCAAUACAAAGCAACAAGCGUUUUCAAGAAAGAAAAUAAAUUAUUAAAAAGUUAGAAUGGAAGAGUGACACUAGCUUGUGCAUAAUCCAAAAAGAAUAUUUCUGAUUGCCUCCCUAUCUGUCUACAGAAGCCAUUUAUGUAAACCUAGAAAGAGGAAUAUUGCCUUAUUUUCGCGGGAAGAUCUCCUUAUACAUGUUCAGACGACUACACUACAUUUAGGUGUCUUAUAAAUUAAGUUCUUAAAAAUUGUUGCAUAAUUUUUAGAAAUCUAGUGAAUGUUGAAUGUGUCAAAGGUUGUUACCACAAAUUUGUGGAAUAUCAAGCUGUGAUCCCCGUACAUCUAGAUGUCAAUUAGUAUUCCUUCACAUGCUGCAAAAAUAAUUUGUACUCUCAGAUGUGUGUUAGGUUGACACACUGUCAACUAUGCCAUUCUUUUUUAUAUAGCUCUCUACAAUAAUGUACAUUUAAUUGUUUUCCACCAGCAUGAUAUUCUGCCUCUGUUACUAGAAGUUAGCAAUCCAUUCCGUUUGCUUACUCAUUUAAUGUAAAAUAAAAUGUAUCUAAAUUUA